GUCUCCCUCUCUCCACGAACUGCCCAGGAGUGAGCAGCUGUUCUUAGUCGCCCGACAGCGGACAGACACACUGACGGCCGACAUCUAGCCCAUCAGCUUGCUGGCCUGUGCCUGGCCGGUUCCCAUCCCCAGUCUUCUGGCAGGGUGUGGGUGGAUGUGGAAGGCUCUCCCUGGACGACCCUAGCCACUGUGCCUCUCUGCUGACUGCUCCUUGAAGCCUUUGACACCUGUGGGUCUGCCGGAGCCCCGCGCCUGCUCCCUGACGGCACGAAGGGCACGCACGUCUACUAUGUGGCGCAUCUGGCUCCUGGCAUCUCUGCUGGCCCUGGGCCAGACCCUGCCCUUUGAGCAGAAGGGUUUCUGGGACUUCACGCUGGAUGACGGGCCGCUCAUGGUGAACGAUGAGGAGGCCUCCGGUGCCGACACGACCUCCGGCGCCCUGGACCCGGACACCGUCACACCCACCUUCAGUGCCAUGUGUCCUUUUGGCUGCCACUGCCACCUGCGGGUUGUUCAGUGCUCCGACCUGGGCCUGAAGGCUGUGCCCAAGGAGAUUUCCCCCGACACUACGCUGCUGGACCUGCAGAACAACGACAUUUCCGAGCUCCGCAAGGAUGACUUCAAAGGCCUCCAGCACCUCUAUGCCCUGGUCCUGGUGAACAACAAGAUCUCCAAGACCCACGAGAAGGCCUUCAGCCCGCUGCGGAAGCUGCAGAAGCUCUACAUCUCCAAGAACCACCUGGUGGAGAUCCCGCCCAACCUGCCCAGCUCCCUGGUGGAGCUCCGUAUCCAUGACAACCGCAUCCGCAAGGUGCCCAAGGGCGUGUUCAGCGGGCUCCGGAACAUGAACUGCAUUGAGAUGGGUGGGAACCCCUUGGAGAACAGUGGCUUUGAACCUGGAGCCUUUGACGGCCUGAAACUCAACUACCUGCGCAUCUCGGAGGCCAAGCUCACAGGCAUCCCCAAAGACCUCCCUGAGACCCUGAACGAGCUCCACUUGGACCACAACAAAAUCCAGGCGAUCGAGCUGGAGGACCUGCUCCGCUACUCCAAGCUGUACAGGCUGGGCCUGGGCCACAACCAGAUCCGGAUGAUUGAGAACGGGAGCCUGAGUUUCCUGCCCACCCUGCGGGAGCUGCAUCUGGACAACAACAAGCUGGCCAGGGUGCCUGCCGGCCUCCCGGACCUAAAGCUCCUCCAGGUGGUCUACCUGCACUCCAACAACAUCACCAAGGUGGGCGUCAACGACUUCUGCCCCGUGGGCUUCGGUGUGAAGCGAGCCUACUACAACGGCAUCAGCCUCUUCAACAACCCCGUGCCCUA